UCGGGAGCGCGUUCCCGUCUUCCCGACCGAUGGAUCUUGGACUGAUGGAGGCCACCCCAAGAGAACUUGAUCAUAAAAGGGGACGACUUCGCCUUUGUUGAUUCGAAUAUUCUCAGCACUGGCAUUCUGGGUCAUUCAGUCAACGGAAACCCUCAUCAUCAACAGCUCUUACAAUGGUUGCUAAGAAGCUCCUUCUCGCUGCCGCCUUGACGGCCUCUGCCCUCGCUGCUCCCGUCCUUGAGGAUCGCCAGAACUGCGGCUCUACCUGGACCCAGUGCGGUGGUAUCGGCUGGUCUGGCGCGACUUGCUGCUCCUCCGGCAACUCCUGCGUUGAGAUCAACUCCUACUACUCCCAGUGCUUGCCCAGCUCUCAGGUUACCACCACUGCUAAGGCUUCUUCCACCAGCCCUACCAGCACCAGCAAGGCCUCUAGCACCACCAGCAAGGUCACCAGCAGCAGCGCCGCCCAGCCCAUCACCACUACCGCUCCUUCGGUGCCCACCACCACCAUUGCUGGCGGUGCUUCCUCCACUGCUAGCUUCACUGGCAACCCCUUCCUUGGCGUUCAGGGCUGGGCCAACAGCUACUACUCCUCCGAGAUCUACAACCAUGCCAUUCCUUCCAUGACUGGCACCUUGGCCGCCAAGGCGUCUGCCGUUGCCAAGGUUCCCACCUUCCAGUGGCUCGAUCGCAACGUCACCGUUGACACUCUCAUGAAGAGCACCCUCCAGGAGAUCCGCGCCGCCAACAAGGCCGGUGCCAACCCUCCCUACGCCGCUCACUUGGUCGUCUACGAUCUCCCCGAUCGUGACUGCGCUGCUGCCGCCUCCAACGGCGAGUUCUCCAUCGCAAACAACGGCGUUGCCAACUACAAGACCUACAUCAACGCCAUCCGCAAGCUCCUGAUCGAGUACUCUGACAUACGCACCAUCCUCGUCAUCGAGCCCGACUCGCUUGCCAACCUCGUCACCAACACCAACGUUGCCAAGUGCGCCAACGCCGCCUCCGCCUACAAGGAGGGCGUCAACUACGCCAUCACCCAGCUCGACCUCCCCCACGUUGCCCAGUACCUCGAUGCUGGCCACGGUGGCUGGCUCGGCUGGCCCGCUAACAUCCAGCCCGCCGCCACCCUCUUCGCCGACAUCUACAAGGCUGCCGGCAAGCCCAAGUCCGUCCGCGGUCUCGUCACCAACGUCUCCAACUACAACGGCUGGUCGCUCUCCUCGGCUCCCUCGUACACCACCCCCAACCCCAACUACGACGAGAAGAAGUACAUUGAGGCUUUCUCCCCUCUCCUCAACGCCGCCGGCUUCCCCGCCCAGUUCAUCGUCGACACCGGUCGUUCCGGCAAGCAGCCCACCGGCCAGAUUGAGCAGGGUGACUGGUGCAACGCCAUCGGCACCGGUUUCGGUGUCCGCCCUACCACCAACACCGGCUCCUCGUUGGCUGAUGCCUUCGUCUGGGUCAAGCCUGGUGGUGAGUCCGAUGGUACCAGCGACACCUCCGCUACCCGCUAUGACUUCCACUGCGGUCUCUCGGAUGCCCUCAAGCCUGCCCCUGAGGCUGGCCAGUGGUUCCAGGCUUACUUUGAGCAGCUGCUCAAGAACGCUAACCCCGCUUUCUAAGCGCGUCGUCUUGACAAUGAGGCUUUGAGGGGUGAGUGGUUAAGGGGGCGAGGGGUUGAAAGAGUGAAGUGAAAAGGGGUGAUAAAGGAU